UCGCACGGGAUGGAAUGGGGAGAGAGCGGAUAGUUUGUGUCAGUGUCUCCCGGAGAGUGAGGAAGUGAGAGGCGGAAGCGCCCGGCGCUGUCUCUUCCCGACUAGGAGGAAACUUUGUGGGACGAGCAUGAGACGAUAAAGAUACAAAGUUACUGUGGGAUGAGUUGAGUGAGAGCCGGUGGGAGUUGCAGUCGUACUCGGGGCACAGGAGGAGCCGCUCGCUAUGGCCAAAGUCCUUCACAAGAAGAAUCACUGGAGCAGCCGGGCGCAUCGCUGCGGGAUCAGCAGGAACUCCGGGGGGGAGCUGGGGCUGCCGGUGUUGGGGGGCGCGGAGGAGGGGGAGUUUCUGUAUUUGGGGGCGGCGGAUGAGGGGCUUCUGUGCAGCGAUGGGAAACUGUCCGAGGGGGAGUUAUUACUGGAGGUGGCCGGGGUGCCCGUGUCUGGAUUACCUCGCUAUGAUGUUCUGGAGAUGAUCAGCAACUGCCAGCAGCCUGUCCCCAUCACAGCUGUCAGACAAGGAAGCCGACUCAACAAGGACCUGAGGCAUUAUCUCAACCAAAGGUUUCAGAAAGCAUCUCCAGACCACGAGCUACAGCAGAUCAUACGAAAUAAUCUCUACCGCCAUGCAGUGCCUUGCACCACCCGAUCGCCGAGAGAAGGGGAGGUCCCGGGAACGGACUAUAAAUUUCUGACUGUUCAGGAGUUUUUGGAACUUGAAAAAAGUGGAACACUACUUGAAGUUGGCACAUAUGAAGGCAACUAUUAUGGGACGCCCAAGCCUCCGAGCCAGCCCACCAGUGGGAAAGUGAUUUCCAGGGAUGCUCUGCAAAAUCCUCUGGCCGGCUCCAAGCAGUCGACUCCCAAGAGAACAAAGUCUUACAAUGAUAUGCAAAAUGCAGGCGUAGUGCCCACCGACCACUAUGAGUUUGAUGAUGACGCUCCUGAAAUGAGCAGUAGCUUUACAGGAGACUCCAGUGAAGCAGACGAGCACACGACUAACCUUUCCUACGAUAAAGUCCCACCAGCGACUCGGAUACUCCCUACUUUUCCCAUCACGGAAGCUUCUCAGAAUCUGCCUCAUUACCUACCUCCUUCUGACGAGGAAAGCCUUGGACCUCUACCUGAAAACUGGGAAAUGGCCUUUACAGAGAAUGGAGAAGUCUAUUUUAUAGACCAUAACACUAAAACGACAUCUUGGUUAGACCCCCGGUGCCUGAACAAACAGCAGAAGCCUUUAGAAGAAUGUGAAGAUGAUGAAGAAGGGGUACACACCGAGGAGCUGGACAGUGAACUAGAAUUGCCCGCUGGAUGGGAGAAAAUUGAAGACCCGGUUUAUGGAGUCUACUAUGUAGAUCACAUAAACAAGAAAACGCAAUAUGAAAAUCCUGUGUUGGAAGCCAAACGAAAGAAACAGCUCGGACAGCAGCAAAGUGAAGAAUGGACAGGGGAUCAUCCACCCCUUGCUCCACCUUUUGCUCCACCCCCUGUUGCUCUUCCAAACAACCUUACUCCAAAAAAGAAGGAACCGCCAACUGCGACACAUGCAAAACCAUUCUUCACCAGAAACCCUUCUGAACUGAAAGGAAAGUUCAUCCAUACAAAGCUAAGGAAAAGCAGUCGCGGCUUUGGCUUUACUGUUGUCGGAGGGGACGAGCCAGAUGAAUUUCUGCAAAUAAAGAGUCUGGUCGUCGACGGUCCGGCCGCGUUGGAUGGCAAAAUGGAAACGGGCGACGUUAUCGUAAGCGUGAAUGAUAUCUGCGUCCUUGGCUACACACACGCUCAAGUUGUGAAGAUCUUCCAGUCUAUACCCAUUGGUGAAUAUGUGGACCUUGAACUAUGCCGGGGUUAUCCUCUUCCGUUUGACCCAGAUGACCCCAACACCAGUCUUGUGACGUCAGUCGCGAUUUUGGACAAAGACCCCAUCAUUGUCAAUGGGCAAGAGAAUUAUGACUCUCCGUCAAGCAACAGCAGUAAAACCAGAAAAGCAAAUAACAUAAUGGAUCCAAGGCCUAGCAGCCCUGCUGACAUUUCUUCAAAUGGUUCCCAUGGUUACCCUAAUGAUACAGUGUCCUUGGCAUCCUCUAUAGCUACGCAACCUGAACUAAUUACUGUCCAUAUAGUAAAAGGACCAAUGGGAUUUGGCUUUACCAUAGCAGACAGUCCAGGUGGCGGGGGCCAGAGAGUGAAGCAAAUUGUAGACAGUCCAAGAUGCCGUGGCCUCAAAGAAGGAGAUCUCAUCGUUGAGGUGAAUAAAAAGAAUGUUCAGAACCUUACCCAUAAUCAAGUUGUGGAUUUACUCAUCGAAUGUCCAAAGGGAAGUGAAGUCACCCUACUGGUUCAAAGAGGAGGACUCCCGGUCCCAAAGAAGAGCCCAAAGUCGCAGCCACUUGAAAGGAAAGACAGCCAAAAUAGCUCGCAGCACAGUGUUUCCAGCCAGCACAGUGGGCACACAGCUUCACCCCUCCACGUCGUGCCUGUGCUCCCUGAUUAUCCUACCGGCGAGGUGCCUGCUGUAGACCAAGCUGAUAACUCUGGGCAGAAAAAGCCGGAUCCUUUUAAAAUCUGGGCCCAAUCCAGGAGCAUGUAUGAGAACAGACCUCCCACCAACAGUGAGAAAAGAUGCAGUUCAUUCAACAUCCAAAAGAUAACAGUUCCAGACUUUCAAGAGCAUGAUAUAUUUUUGUGGCGAAAGGAAACUGGAUUUGGGUUUCGAAUUCUUGGUGGAAAUGAGCCUGGAGAACCAAUCUACAUAGGUCACAUUGUGCCAGUGGGUUCAGCAGAUGCCGACGGGAGGUUGCGUUCUGGCGAUGAGCUUAUCUGCGUAGAUGGAACAGCGGUUGUUGGAAAAUCUCACCAACUUGUUGUGCAGCUUAUGCAACAGGCAGCAAAGCAAGGCCACGUCAAUUUAACUAUCAGACGCAAAACCAUCUAUCCAGUUCCAAAGGCAGAGAAUGAAACUCCUGCUUCACCAGCAUCAUCGCACCAUAGCAGUACCCAGCCAGCCUCUCUAACGGAGGAGAAACGGACGCCACAAGGCAGCCAAAACUCCUUAAACACUGUUAGUUCAGGCAGCGGCAGCACCAGCGGGAUUGGCAGCGGCGGUGGCGGUGGGAGUGGAAAUGUCAGCACUGUGGUUCAGCCUUACGACGUUGAGAUCCGGCGCGGUGAAAAUGAAGGAUUUGGAUUUGUUAUUGUGUCUUCGGUCAGCCGGCCAGAAGCAGGGACAACUUUCGCCGGCAAUGCAUGUGUGGCCAUGCCUCACAAAAUAGGUCGGAUAAUAGAGGGGAGCCCCGCAGAUCGUUGUGGCAAGCUAAAGGUGGGGGACCGGAUCCUGGCGGUUAAUGGAUGCUCGAUCACCAACAAGUCGCACUCGGACAUCGUCAAUUUAAUAAAGGAAGCGGGAAACACCGUGACUCUGCGCAUCAUUCCUGGCGAUGAAUCUUCCAACGCAACGUUAUUAACCAAUGCAGAGAAGAUCGCCACAAUUACGACCACACAUACGCCACAAACGAUACCCCAAGAAACAAAAAAUAAUGCGAAACCAAAGCCGGAACCCCAAUUUGAGUUUAAGAACGCACCGGCCACCCAGCCGGAGCAAGACCUUUAUUCAGUGGAACUAGACCGAGGAUUAAAAGGAUUCGGGUUUAGUCUACGAGGAGGUCGGGAAUAUAACAUGGAUCUCUACGUUUUACGUUUAGCAGAAGACGGACCUGCUGCCAAAUGUGGGAAAAUGAGGGUCGGCGAUGAAAUCCUGGAAAUAAAUGGAGAGACCACAAAGAACAUGAAGCAUGCUCGGGCAAUAGAACUGAUUAAAAAUGGCGGCCGAAGAGUACGUCUGUGUCUGAAACGUGGAGAUGGUUCCGUACCGGAAUAUGAACCCAGUGGUGACGGAAACAGCCCCACAACCAGUCCACAAAAUAUACCGAAAAUGAACUCGUUACCAUCUGAUAGAAAUCACUCAUCACUGGAGUUCAAUUAUCCAUCAGAUCUUCACAAAUCAUUACAGCAUGGAGACCGACAAACUUAUGUUAAAGACCCUAAAGGCAACAGGGAGUUCGGCAGACCACAUAAUGAACAUCACACUUGGAAUGGAUCUUCUAAAAAUUAUCCUGUACAAAAUAACAGAAAAGAACGAUCACCUGAGGGGAGACGACCAAGGCAGACAGAUAGGACAAUGGUGAACGGUCAGAAAAGACAGUCUCCUGAGAAGAGAAACGAAGGAACAAGGAGUGCUGAAAACACAUUGGAGCGGAGAGAGAAAAAUGACAGAAGAAAAGAGACUUCUCCUCAAAAGCCCAGGGAAAGGUCACCAAUGCGCAGAAGAGAUGGUUCCCCAACCAGACGAAGGAAAUCCUUGGAUAGAUUUAUGGAUCAAAGAAGAUCACCUGAUAGAAGAAGAGAGAGUUCUCCUGACAGAAGAAGAGCAAAGUCAACAGACAGGAGGCGAGAGAGGUCACCAGAAAGGAGGAGAGAAAGGUCUCCUGAGAGAAGACGAGAGAAGUCUACUGAGAGAAGAAGGGACAGGUCUCCUGAUAAACGAAACAAAGAGCAACGACCCAACAACAGAGACAGGGAUGAACAUAGUCUGAAAUAUGAUACCCUCAGAAGUGGAAGGCAUCCACAGGAACAGCGAAGGAGACAAUACAAGGAAUGCAGCACUGACCUUAGCAUCUGAUGCAUCUGAGUGAUGCACAGUUAUGUUUAAGGUUCUAAAGAGUUUCUGAAAUGGUUCAUAGUGGUUUAUGCGUAGCCUGUUGAUCCUGCCAUACCAUCAGAUAUUUUAUGCAGACAAAAUCCUAUUACAGAGUGUUGUGCCUGGUGUACAUUAAAGAAAGUAUUUUUCGAUGUAUCUUUUUUAAGUUAUUUGCCAAAUGUCAACCCUAAAGAAUUUAACAUGUUCUGCACAACUAUUUUAUUGACUGUGUUCCAGUGGGAACAUUCUGAUGCUGACAUGUCUUCUCUAGAGCAUGUUUCGGGCACUGGACAGUCCGCUGUUCCAAGUUUUUCCCUUCGCAAACUUGAUUUUUAUAAAAAAAAAAUUAUUCCCGACUGUUAAAUAAUUACCUAUUGCUACAGUGAAUGUGUUUAAACCUGGUUAGUCUGGUGGUGGGACCUAACACAAUGAAAGGACAUUUGUGAAUGAAGAAAGUGACUUAAGUCAUGCUUAACAAAUAAAUGGAAGGGGAAAUUAGUUCUAAGUAAGAUAAAACUGACUACUACUGCAAUGAAGGACAUAAAACAAGCACACAUCGCACAAGGUGAUUUUAAUUCUUUUAAGUUUUUGUUUUGUGUGUUGGUGGGAGAAAUUGUAUGACCACUCCUUAUUUUGCUUUCUCGAGGGAAGACCAUUUUUGUCCAGUCUUGUCUAGAGAAUACUAAGAAAUUGUGAAAUGUACAUACAAGUUAUGGAUUGUUAUCAUAAUUGUAAUGAUAACUCAUGUUACUUGCCAUGCCUUCAGAGAAUUUGUAGUGCUUGUCCCAUGGCAAACAAAUGAUCUGACAAAGACCACUAUCUAAAGAUGUUGCUGGUCGUCUUUGUCUGGUUGACCCUCUUUACAUUUCUGUUGAUCAGAAAUGAUUCAGUGGAAGGUAUUGAUAACUUAGAAGAAUGCCAACAGUAUGGAUGUAGUACUUUUGAGAUUGAACACUUCAACUCAAGGAUCCAUUUUUAAAAUUUGAGUGUCUGCUGUUUUCUUGGGUCCAAAGUUUUCCCAUAUUACUGCCUGGCUGAGCCAAAAACGUUUGGCAUUUCUCUUGGACCUCUCUUAAAAUCAGCAGAUGACAGUGCUUUAUAUGCCAUGUUUCCUAUUUUCCCUCAGACCUAAACAAGCAUUGCAAGUUUCACUGUCGUUGCCAUGGUACAGUUUAAAAAAAAAAAAAAAGGCCAAUCAUUGUUUGUACAGAAUUUAAAAUUGUAAUUAAUAGAGCCUUUUCAAAACAAAAAAGAAGUUGCCUUUUUUCUUGUAUAAAAGAUACUUUAUGGAAAAAAAAAAGAAUCGUGAGGAAUGUAAUAAGUGUUUAUAUUUCUGAAAAUGGAGCAAAAUGAUUCAUUGGGGAUAUAUUUUAAUGUAAACUGAAUCAGGUAUGUAAAGGUAUUUUCAAAAUGGGAAAAAAAGUAAUGAUUAUGUUGGGCUUGAAACUUCCUUAACUUCUUCGUUGUGGGCCUGCUUAUUAAUUAUAAAGCACUUGUAUGCCGUCUGCUCUUUAUUCACCACAACUAGCAACGUCCUACAACCAUCAAACAUUAUCCGUCUUGAUGGAAACUCGUCUGUGGGCCAAUUAAAAAAAUUUUUUUCCCUAAAACACUAUGCAUAUAUCUAUUUGUCAUUGUUCAUACAGUAGCUUUAUUUAACUUAUAGGAGCUGAUAACAUGAUGUUUCAUUUGAUUCAAGGUGAUUGUGGACUUUGCCAGAACUGCUUCCUUGUGCAGAACAGAACACAAAGCCUAUGUAGCUAGGAAAGCAAGUCUGUGAAUGCUAUUUUUAUUAUCAAAUAAAGUUUUCAGUACAAAAA